AUGAAACUCGACUGGUUUUUGAUCUUAUUCCCUUUUAUCGUCCUCAUUAUCUCAUCAGCCAAUGCGGCAUGCUCCUCGGACACGUGUCCAAUUGGGGGACUGUGGUCCGUUUGGGAGACCACUGAUGACUGCAAAACAAAAUGUGGAGCUUGUAAUAGUGCCACGUAUACCAGGACUUGUUUGUCAACGAGCAUGAAUGGAGGAUGUGCGUGCAUAGGCAACACCACCAUCACUAUGCCUUGUGGAACCCAAGCGUGUAACUAUCCACGUUACAACGGCAGCGGCGUUAUUUGCUGUGUUGGUUCCCCUAUGAUCAUUAAUAACUGGUUUCAAUGUGGACCACUGAAAACUAAUAGUACUCUGGCUUGCUGUCCAACCGGAGGAUAUUGGUCGGCAUGGGGAAUCUGGGUGAAGCAAGCGAAUGUGGUCAAGUGGAGCCGUACCCGAACUUGCUUGAGUGGAGAACUCGCUUGCCCCUGCACUGGUGAGGCCAUACAGUCGAAAUACGGAUGCCCUUGUCCAGCCAUCAGUACCAUCACCACCUGCGAUUCUACCAACAAGACUCCAUUCACCGUCCGCACUCCCUACUACAGCAGCUCCGAUUGCACAGCUACAAUAGUCUUUGAAGCAACAAAUUUCCGGAAGGAAUUCUUUUUUACCAAUGGAACUAAGGACUGGUCCACUCUUGGAUGGAUCGAUUCCACUGGGAAAUGCAAUGUGCAGGAUGCAUCAGGUUUUGGGUCGGCGACGUCGAAGGCUGGAUCAUUCUACAAGUUUAGUCUGCUUUGCAAUACGACUACUGGAAGCACACUCACAGAGAAACUUCUUCUGAUGUAUUGGUCUCUCUUUCUCCUUCUUCCUCUCACCAUCCUUGCGGCUACAUGUCCGGACUGUCCAGUCGGAGGAAUCUGGUCGGAUUGGGCAACAACUGAAACAUGUGAUGCAACAUGUGGAGCAUGCGCGAAUCGCACCUAUACACGAACCUGUUUGUCGGACGCAAUGACUAAUUGCCCAACAUGCGUCGGCCCCAAGAUCCAAAGCAUGCCCUGCAACACCCAAGCGUGCAACUGGCCACGUUUCAAUUCCAGCAGAGAAAACUGCUGUUUUAAUAAAACAACAAUGACCAUUAAGAACUGGGUUCAUUGUGUUCCAUUGCCGGACAUUUACGCCCUUCCCUGCUGUCCGGAUAACGGUUAUUGGUCGACUUGGAGUGGAUGGAGUAAAGUGGCAAACCAAGCAUCGUGGCAACGUACCCGUGUCUGCUUAUCCGGCGGUUACAACUGCCCAUGCAAAGGUGAAGCUGUGGAUCUCAAACAUUCUUGCCCAUGCGCCCCAGUUGAUGUCAUCACUAACGUGACCACCACGUGCGCUAUAAACGAUGACAAAAAUGACCCGUUUUCCGUUCGCAAACCUGUUUUCCUGGGUUCACGCUGUCUCACUCAAGUGGUUAUUGAGAUAUCAAGCUUCAGAAAAGCCUUCUGGACUCAACGAUCAUUUGUAAUAUUUGAGGGCCGAAUUGGAUGGAUUGAUUCUACUGGACAGUGUCUGCAAGCUACUAUAACUCGAGAAGAUGUUGAGACAACUCAAGGUACGGGACAAUUUGCAAAGUACUACCUGGAGUGCAACUUGAACACCUUGAUGUUUAGUGGAACAGUGCACGGCGUUCAAAUAUCAAAUGUCAAGGCUUUUGCACAGUAUUAUUGA